CCUCAACUCCAGAUGACACUCUGCAGAUGACACGGGGGCAUUUGCUAGCACGGGAACCGUGCUUGUGGGGAGCUGGGAACAGCGUCUCCAUUCUGGUGUUUCCUGUGCGAUUACAUAACUGCUGUCUACGGAACCCACGUUCGUUCGGGCGGAGGGGGGAGAUCGGCAUAUGUUUAAAGAAGUCGGGAGCCAAUAGAAACCCCCAUUUGGUACCUUUCUGGUGGCGGGACGAACAGAGCGCCUCGGCAGUGCCGCAAGCUUUGGUCCCUCCAGCUACAAGGUGGGCACCAUGACUGAGAAGUUCGACUGCCACUACUGCAGGGACAACCUGCAGGGGAAGAAGUACGUGCAGAAGGACGGCCACCACUGCUGCCUCAAGUGCUUCGACAAGUUCUGCGCCAACACCUGUGUGGACUGCCGGAAGCCCAUCGGCGCCGACUCCAAGGAGGUGCACUAUAAGAACCGCUACUGGCACGACACCUGCUUCCGCUGUGCCAAGUGCCUUCACCCCUUGGCCAACGAGACCUUUGUGGCCAAGGACAACAAGAUCUUCUGCAACAAGUGCACCACUCGGGAGGACAACCCCAAGUGCAAGGGGUGCUUCAAGCCAAUCGUGGCAGGAGAUCAGAACGUGGAGUACAAGAAGACCGUGUGGCACAAAGACUGCUUCACCUGCAGCAACUGCAAGCAAGUGAUCGGGACCGGAAGCUUCUUCCCCAAAGGGGAGGACUUCUACUGCGUGACCUGCCACGAGACCAAAUUCGCCAAGCACUGCGUGAAGUGCAACAAGGCCAUCACAUCUGGAGGAAUCACUUACCAGGAUCAGCCCUGGCAUGCCGAGUGCUUUGUGUGUGUUACCUGCUCUAAGAAGCUGGCUGGGCAGCGUUUCACCGCUGUGGAGGACCAGUAUUACUGCGUGGAUUGCUACAAGAACUUUGUGGCCAAGAAGUGUGCUGGAUGCAAGAACCCCAUCACUGGGAAAAGGACUGUGUCAAGAGUGAGCCACCCAGUCUCUAAAGCUAGGAAGCCCCCAGUGUGCCACGGGAAACGCUUGCCUCUCACCCUGUUUCCCAGCGCCAACCUCCGGGGCAGGCAUCCGGGUGGAGAGAGGACUUGUCCCUCGUGGGUGGUGGUUCUUUAUAGAAAAAAUCGAAGCUUAGCAGCUCCUCGAGGCCCGGGUUUGGUAAAGGCUCCAGUGUGGUGGCCUAUGAAGGACAAUCCUGGCACGACUACUGCUUCCACUGCAAAAAAUGCUCCAUGAAUCUGGCCAACAAGCGCUUUGUUUUCCACCAGGAGCAAGUGUAUUGCCCCGACUGUGCCAAAAAGCUGUAAAGCGACAGGGGCUCCUGUCCUGUAAAAUGGAAUCGAGUCUUGUUCUUGUGUCCUCGCCCUCUGCCCUGCACCACCCAGAGGGCCAGAGCGGCCUCUCACCUCUAAAGUUGCUUCCUCUGUCUUUGCUCCCAUUUUACAGUCUUACUCAGAUACGGGCACGCAGUGGUCACACUAGGAUGUCGCGGCGCGGCCACUUCUCCGCAGCUGCGGUGAAAACACAAACACGUAGAUAGGUUGACUCUUCUGCAUGUUUAUCAUAGAGCAGAAACGUGCUCACCAUUUAGCUGCUUAGUGACGUGAGCGAGAAGCGUAACACAUAAAGCCCCCGCUGAGAUGCGUCUCGUGGCUCAGCUGGGACCCACCGUGUCCUCAGGACACGCAAGAGUUGCGGCGGCUGCUCCAACUCGGCUGCUCACCUGUCUGUGAGCAGAGAGCGAACUUAACAAAUUGCAUGGUUGAACCUCCUCCUCGAAAUCUUCCUGCUGUUCUUUUGUGCUCUCAAACGACUAAUACGAAUUUCCAGAAAGUUAACAUUUGAACUUGGCUGUAACUCUAAACUGACCUUUCCCCCGUACUAACUUUCGAUUUCCCCGUGUGGCGUGUUUUCUGAACGUUCCCACUUUCAAGCGGGGAGCGUGCAGGUGAUUUGGAAAGUGUAGGCAGACCUGAGAAAACGAGCCUGUUUCACAGGAACAUCGUCACGGCGACUACUUCUGGAGGCUUAACAAAACUAACCCAGCUGCCCUUUUUCUUUUUCUUUUUUAAUACUCUCGUUUUAAUUCAUAGUAACGUAGUUUAUGGGUUUGGAGACUUGCAUGUCGAUAUUUUAGCCCCCCCUCAAACGUUCCUGCGGUUUUGAAAUUCAUCCUGCCGAAGUAAUCAUAACACUCUAGCGGGGGGGUAGUAGCUGAGCAGGCGCCAGGACUGUCAUUGACACGGAUAGGACAUUUCCAAACAGCGGCUAGAGUGGAGUCCCUUGUAGCAUAGUUGUCUGCUCUUUGUGUGCUCAAGAGGCCCGCCAAGUCCCUUUUCUUGUGAUUUUUAGGACUGUCCCUCAAGAGCUCAGCUGGAUCUCUGGGGGAGCGGCUGCCACCCUCACAGGCACAAGCGCAUUUCCACACAGUGCUUACCUGAGAUGCAGGCUCACCUAACUUACCGUAUUCUUAUCAACAUUGUUCUAUUACAUAGUAUAAUGAGACAGUAUCAAAAGUAAACAUGUAAUGACAGUGCAUAUUAACAUUCUCGUAGGAGUGGUUAGACAAGCCAAUGCCUCAUUUCUACAUUUUGUCAUUAGCUGUUAUCCUAAAGUUUCAGUGUACCCUUACAGAAAUAAAGCAGCAUAUAAAUAAA